UGUCUCAUUGAAACGUCUAUUGAUACAUAAUAGGUGGAUACAUAUCAUAAUCAUGUCUUUAAGAACGGCAAAACAUUUUAUAAAUCAAGUCUAAUCAUAGAUUUAAAUUGAACCAAUGGUUACGCAAACAUCGAAUUCUCUCAAAAAUCUUACAACACCCUAUAAUAUGGUUUUAAACGUUUGUUAUAUCAUCAGUGGGUCGGUAAUGUAUGGCACCUAGCUAAUGUGUCGGUACAUUCAACAUUAAUUUGUUAUCAAAGCCUAAGUCGAAAAUAAACUGACAAAGAAAUGGAUCAAAACAGAAAUUAAACAAUGUGCAACACGAAUCCCACAAAAGGCCAAGAUUGAUAUCCCGUGCUCUUAAAGGGCUUGUAAUUGUUGAAUUCAAGGAGGAAUUGAGAUUUAUUGGUAACAGAUAGAUUUACAAGAUGCCAAAAGCAAUAAUUCAUACCAACCUGAAAGAUAAAGAUGUUCCAGAGGGGUUUGAACUCCGAGUCACACAAAAGAUGGGAGAGGUGUUUGAAUUUCCUAUUGAGGUAAUCUAUGUAACUUUGACAACUGGAGAUCGUAUAAGUCAUAAUGGUAGCAGUGACCCUAUGGUAUUCGUUGACAUGGUAACAGUGAAUAAGUUCAGUGACGAGACAAAUCCUGGUUACUCCCGCCAGUUUAUGAAGUUCUUCAGUGAUGAGCUGAAACUUCCUCUACACAGGGUUUUAAUUCAGUACCACGAUUCACAAAUGGGAGACUUUGGAUGUAAGAGACAACCUCCAGAGUACAAAGAUGACAGAUAUUUUCUUGACAACUCUAAAUAACAACUUUUUAUUUCAAAUUUCUCUUACGAUUAAAGAGUUAUAAAAAAAGUUAAAGCAGGUCGUAGAUACAGCCACCUAAUAACAUUCUAAAAU